AUGGCGGAUUUGUUUCAUGAAAGAUAUGGCCACACAAAUUUUACAAAGUCACAGAUUCAGGAAAAACAGAAAGACUUGAAAGGUCAAUACAGACUUCUUAAGGAUGCCCGCAAACAGAGUGGUGUCAGCUGGAACUAUCAUACACACAUGAUAGAUGCGGACGCUAAUCUUUGGCAAAACUUGAUGACUUCUAAGUUUGAUAAAUCAUUUCUUUUAUAUAUACAGUCGUGGCCAGAAAUAGCUAAGGUCCAGAAUAAGCCGUUUCCCCUCUACGAUAAGCUUGGUGAUCUGUAUGAUGGGCAUAUAGCAGAAGGUAACUUCAAUUUCACAUCAACUGAGGUUACAGAAGUGAGUGAUGGUGAUCUCGAAGUUGAAAGAGAGAAGACUGCCUUCUCUUUUGACCUGAAUCAAUAUGGUGAUGAUUUACACAUGUAUGAUGAUCCAAGAGAUGCCGCCCCAAGUGAUGGUCAAAGUGAUGUUGCCCCAAGUGAUGGUCCCAGAGAUGCUACCCCAAGUGAUGGUCCAAGAGGUGCUGCCCCAACUACUUCAAGCAACAAGCAUGUGAAGGAAUCAAAGGGUAAGAAGCGUGAUGAUCCUAUGGUGGAAGUGAUGGCACAAUAUGUGGAGAUCAAACGAAAGCAAGUGGAGGAGGAGUCUGCUCUAUUGGUCGGGGCAAAAAAUGCCCAAGAAUUCUCCAUCAGCAAGUGCAUUAUCUUUCUUAAUUCUACCGCCGAAGAUGAAGAGAGUGUUGAAGUGUUUCUUCGGAGCGAAAUGGCAGAGUUGACUCAACGUUCCCAGGCAACCAGAGAAGCAAGAUUAAACAAUCUGGACAAACUUUUGGUCGUUCAAAAACUGGAUGAUGAUGACAUCAUUAAGAGCAAUUCGUUUGCAUGA